CCUCCUUUUGGGCCUUUCCUCUCUUCGAUUCCAUCUUCUUCUCGCAACCCUCGAUGUUUGUGCUGGUCUUGCGGCCUUCUCAAGGAGAACAUUCGUCUCCACAGCGGUUCAUGGAUUUCUCCGCCUUCCUCCUUUCCUCUCGCCAUGGAACAAGUGUCACGUGAUAUGGAUUGGAAUGGGGGUAUUCUUUCUCUUCAAAAGAAUAAGAGCAGGCUAAAGACUCCUGAACAAGUUCAAGCACUAGAAAAAGUUUACAAUGAGCAGAAGUACCCGAGUGAAUCUUUAAAAUUGCUGCUAGCGAAUCAAAUAGGGUUAUCUCAGAAGCAGGUUUCUCGAUGGUUUUUUCACAGAAGAAUGAAAAACAAAAAACUACUAGAAAUUGAAGCAUCUGCAAUUGGUAACCAGAAAAAUUCCAGUAGCCUUAUAAACGACCAACAUAGUGGAGUUGAGCAAGAAUCAUGUAGUAGCAGCAAACAAGGUCUUGCAAUGCAGCGGAAGACUGCUAGUGGUAGAGUAGCGCAUUCUGUAUGUUCGAACAGUAGGCCUCAUGGACCAAGAAUAAAAUUGAAAGAAAUGCUAAUACAGGAGAGGAUUCCUGCGGCUACAGAUGUUUCUAAGCACUUAUUCAUGAGGGAAAACAAGGAUUUGUUGAGCAGAAGAAGCUUACAGAGCCAAGGAGUGAUGCUAGAUUCGAGACAAUAUAAUCAUAUGACUUGGAAGGAGAGUUAUGCUGUUUCUUCCUUGAAAUUGAAAUUGGGAAAGUUAUAUUGUCAUGAAGGUCCAUCUCUUGGUGUUCACUUUGACCCACUACCACCUGGGGCUUUUAGUGCAUCAUUCACAAAUUCAACUUAUGAGUUGUGCCAUAUCAGAGAAUCUAUGCAAAAGGCUACCUGUAACCAGAGAAAGCACAAACAGUUGUUUCUUCAUCCCAACACUUUAUCUAAUUUACAGUCAAAUCACCAGACUCACAUGGACAAGCUCACUCGUUUCUAUGACAACCACAAUUUUCAUGUAGAAGAUGCUGAAGAUUCAGAAAGGAAUAGGUUGGAAUCUAAUUGCAGGAAAAUUGUAAGAUGCUCAAAGUAUAGACCAAAAAUGGCAUAUGGCAGAAGACAACACUUCUAUUUAAAUGAUCCAAAAGCAAGCACAUCCAAAGCAUUCACAUGUCUUCAGAAUUAUUAUGAUCCUGAAUCUUUAUCACAAGAUGAAGAUUUCUCCAACAGGGAAUCCUUGAGAUCAGCAAAUAAAAAUACUCUGAAAAAAGGCAAUGUAGUGCUUCCUAAAAAAAUAAUAAAGAGUGCAAAGACCUUGAAGGAGCGAACUGAACACCCUAAACUAAUGACAAGUAAACGGAAAGCUAUUGAAUUUCAAAGGCAGGGACAUGCAAAAUUAUCUAGAAAAUUGUCAUGUAUGGAUCCAAGUUACGGGUAAUUACUAUGAAGGAAAUUUGCUAAUUUUCAGAUGUUGAUUGUAAGAUAGAGGGGUCAAAUGGGAACUCUCCUGGAGAUCAAUUAGAAUUUCUGUUCAUCUUUCUUUCAUUUUUGUUGAAGGGGAGCCUUGGCGCAACAGUAAAGUUAUUGCUUUGUGACCAAAAGAUCACGGGUUCGAAUCCUGGAAACAACCUCUUGCAAAAAGCAGGGUAAGGCUGCAUACAAUGGAUCAUUCCCCGGGACAUAGCGGGAGCUUCGCGCACCGGACUGUCCUUUUUUUUUUCCUUUCAUUUCUGUUCAUUUUGGUAAACAAUCUUGAAGAGGUGAUUGAAGUCCUUUAGAGUAUCAUAAUGAUUAGAGAA